CAGGUUGUCAGCACCUUUACAUAUUAGUUCGCAUGACGGCUCGAUAGUAACUUACCACUGUCUACUUGAUUACGACACUAAAGUGUUUGUGCUCGCUGAUAUUCUGAGAUCAGCGGUAAUGUUGUUGGACCUUUAUCAGUACGAAUAUGGCGCUUGUUCCGGACUGAGCAUUGUUAUUAACUUCCAAGGUGUCACACUUUCCCAUUUGGGAAAAUUAGAAAUCGUUGUCGUACAACAAUUCCUUUAUUAUUUACAGGAAGCAAUGUUCCUGAAAAUAAAAGAGGUUCACUUAAUGAAUGCCCCGUCAUUUACCGACAAACUGAUGUUAUUUUUAAAACCAUUUAUGAAAAAGGAACUUCUGGAGUCGAUCAGAAUACAUCAGAAGGGGUCUUCUACGAUUGAGUCGUGCGUACCGAUAGCCAGUCUACCAAAAGAUGCUGGAGGACAGUAUAAAAGUUACAAGGAAAUUAAAGAUGAGACAUUGGCAAAAUUAAGAGAUAAUGAAGAGUUCUUCUUCAAUGAAAACAAGAAGAGAGUAACGGAAUCUUUAAGACCGGGGAAAGGGUUGGACAUGUCAGAAAUCUUUGGAAGUGUUCAAGGUUCUUUCAAGAAGUUAGAUAUUGAUUGA